GUGACGCAGAGCCGAGCGGUGCUUUCCCAACCGGGAAGUCAUUUUGUGAGUGCCGGCACAGGCCGGGCCUAAAGCCGCCCUCGCCGGGGCCACCCCGCGCCCAGCUGGGCUGAGACCGGACGCAGCUCAUCGCAGGGGUGGGCUGAGGGCGUGUGGGGGGGCGUGGGACCCCCCCUUCCCCCCCCAGAGCGGGGAAUUGGGGCGGCUGCAGCCCGUGGGACCCGCCGGCAGAACCGCCAGGAGCCGGGAGAGCGGCCGGAGCCCGCGGCCGGAGCCAGCGGCCACCGUCGCCCUUCGCUGGGCAAGAGGACGUGAGGCCCCGUGCCAACCAGCCGCCCCUGCCCACGCCGUGCCAGCCCCAGCGGGCGCCCCGAGGCCUCCCCAUGGAGUGACCCCGCGGGGGUCUCAGCACCGGGGGGACCGUGGCUCCCACCACCAGCAUGAGCGACUUCUGGCACAAGCUGGGCUGCUGCGUCGUGGAGAAGCCCCAGCCCAAGAAGAGGAGGAGGAGGAUCGACCGCUCCAUGAUUGGGGAGCCCAUGAACUUCGUGCACCUGACGCACAUCGGCUCCGGGGACAUGGCUGCGGGAGAGGGGCUGCCCAUGACCGGCGCUGUGCAGGAGAUGCGAUCCAAGGGCGGCCGGGAGCGACAGUGGAGCAACUCCCGGGUGUUGUAGCGUAUUCCUGGCGUUUUCAGCCCGAACUUGAACCGCCUCCCCCCCGCCGGACGAGAGGCCGCCCUGGAGCACUCGAGCCCCGCGGUAUUUAUGCAGCACCAGCCUCGCCCAGCUCCCGCCGACUCCUGGUCGUCACCCCCCCGGAAAAUCCCUCCUUCCCGGGGGCAUCGGGCCGGUGACACGGGGAGGGGGCGGGGACAGCAGCCCCCUCCUCCUGCCCCACCCGGAAAGGACCGUGCCAGGAGCUGCCCGGCGCAGCCCACGCGUGCCAAACCUCCCCGGGAUUCCCUCUGUCCACUCCCGAGGGCUGCCUGGUGGUGGUGCCUCAGUUUCCCCAGGGAAUGGGUGCAGAGGUGGCUCUGGUGCCUCCUGGAAUGGCACAGAGGAGCAAAACCGGGAUUAACCCGCGACAUUCUGGUGCCAAAGCGGGGUCAAACCCAAGAUGUUCUGGUGCAAAACCAGGGUAUGGUGUAAAACGGGGAUCAAACCCCGGGGCUUCAGUGCAGAACGGGGACUAAACCCCAGUGCUUUGGAGCAAAACCAGGAUCAAACCCCAACGCUUUGGGAUCAAACCCUGGUGCUUCAGUGCAGAACAGGGACUAAACCCCAGUGCUUUGGAGCAAAACCAGGAUCAAACCCCAACGCUUUGGUGCCAAACCAGGAUCAAACCCCGACGCUCCGGUGCCUCCCCCGGCAUUCCCACCACUGCCAAACCCCCCCCCUUUUUUUUAGGAUAUGUUCUUUUUUUUAAGCUCCAAAACCCACCUGAGCAGCCUCUGUCGGGGCAGGGCCGUGGUGGGGUCCCCUCCACCCAGGACUGUCACCUGCAGAGGCAGGACAGGGCCCAACCCCAGGAGGCUCCCAAAUUCAGGCGCGGGUGUACAUAGUUUAAUUAGCGCCAUUUAAUUAGGAUUAAAGGUUGAACAGCCUG